AAACGGAUUACCACAAUACUCUUCAAUGACAAAUCCUUCUUCUUCAUUUUCGUUCUCCUUUAUAACAGGCUUCAUUACUUUACAUCUAUUAUGGACUUCUACCUGUUAUGCAAGUGGAUGCUAUACUUCAAUCAUCAGUUUUGGGGACUCCCUAGCAGAUACCGGUAACCUAAAACAACUUGACUCAAUCAAGAAUGAACAGCCACUCCAUUUCUUUUUGCCCCCGUAUGGUGAAACCUUUUUUCAUACGCCCACUGGUCGUUGCUCUAAUGGUCGCCUCAUCAUUGAUUUCAUUGCUGAAGGCAUCAGGCUACCAUUGGUACGACCAUUUGUUGGUGCCAAGGGAAACCGCCUGAUGGAAUCCCGAUCGGGAGUAAAUUUUGCAGUGGUGGGGGCAACCGCAUUGGAUUCUUCAUUCCAUGCAGCUAGAGGGGUUGAUAAUCCUUUGACAAAUUCAUCUUUAAGAGUUCAGUUGAGUUGGUUCAAACAAUCGUUGCAAUCUAUUUGUCUCAAUGUUGAAGAUUGUAAGCACUUAAUUGAACGUUCUUUGAUACUCAUGGGUGAGAUUGGAGGAAACGACUACAAUCAUGCAUUACAAGCAGGAAAGUCUAUCGAUGAGGUUGAAACAUACAUUCCAUUUGUUAUUGAGGCUAUCGGCUCAGCAGUUAAUGAACUUAUUGAUCUAGGAGCCAAGACAUUACUUGUUCCAGGAAACCUACCAAUUGGAUGCUCUCCGGUGUAUUUAACAAUGUAUUAUGGCUCUGAUAAAGAAGAGUACGAUAAUUCAACUGGUUGCCUUAUCCGGUUGAAUAAGCUUGCUUUGUAUCACAAUGAACUUCUACAGAUAGCGUUAAACCAAAUCAGAAAGCGUCAUCCUGAUGUCAUAAUCAUCUAUGCUGACUACUAUAAUGCUGCCAUGCAAAUCUUUCGCUCUCCAAAGAAAUAUGGAUUCACAAAUGGAGCUUUAAAGGCGUGUUGUGGUGGUGGAGGGCCGUUUAACUACAACUCAUCGGUACCAUGUGCACACCCCUCUUCAAAUUUAUGUCUUCAACCACAUACGUAUGUCAAUUGGGAUGGGCUACACUUAACGCAAGCUGCAUAUAAAUUUAUCUAUAAGAGCUUAUUUCAGGGGCCAUACACUACGCCACAAUUUAACCAUGUGUGUCAUACUCAAAUUUUAAAAGAGAUGGUUGGAUUAUCGAGUUCUAUGUAAGCAAGUGACAUAAAUUUAUUAAUUCUUAUCCGAGUUCUAUGGAAA